AUGAGGUAUCAAUUUAUCUUUGCCGCACUCGUCAGUACGGCAUUAGCAUAUCCAUCAAAAAGAGACAACAUCUGGAUCGAACCAUCAUGUGAAGAUCGCCGAUCGCCCUGCCCUAUGGUAAACACCUUAGCAAACCACGGCUUCCUCCCCCGCAACGGCCUCAACAUCUCCAUGUCAGACCUCGUAACGGCCUUCAAUGACUCAGUCAACCUCGCCUCGUCCGCCACCCAACUCGUCGGCGCAAAAGCCCUCACCACAUCCUCCACCAGCAACACGACCUUCAACCUCGACGACCUGGACAAACACAACAUCAUCGAACACGACGGCUCACUUUCCCGCGCCGACAUCUUCUCGGGGGACAACCACUCCUUCAACCCCGCCAUCUGGGCCAGUGUCGCCGCGUUCUUCACCGAACCGACAAUCUCCAUCGCCACGUCGGCCGCGGCGCGGAAAGCCAGACUCGCUGCCGCUGCGGCGGUUAAUCCGGCGUUUAAUUUGACGGCUGAUGGCGCGCAGUUUAGUUUCAUUGAGUCGGCGUUGUAUCAGAGUGUUUUUGGGGAUGCGGUGGAAGGGAAUGCGGUGACGGAGUGGGUGAACGUGAUGUUUAGGGAGGAGAGAUUGCCGUAUGAGGAGGGUUGGAGGAGACCGAGUCAGGAAUUGACGAUUGCCGGGAUUUUGGGUUUGGUUGGGAAGAUUGCUGCUGCUUCUGUUUGA